AUGGCACUCACUUCAGACACAUCCUUCUGCUUCUCAGCUGAAUCCUCCCCUCUCAUCACCAUGUGCAGUAACUACUACAGAAACUCCUGUGGAGGCUGUGGCUACGGCUCUGGCUGCGGCUAUGGCUCAAGAUAUGGCUCUGGCUGUGGCUAUGGUUCUGUCUGCGGCUAUGGCUCUGGCUGUGGCUAUGGCUCUGGUUGUGGCUAUGGCUCAAGAUAUGGCUAUGGCUGUGGCUAUGGUUCAGGCUAUGGCUGUGGAUACGGCUCUGGCUCUAGCUGUGGAUAUGGUUCCAGGUACGGCUCAGGCUAUGGCUGUGGAUACGGCUCUGGCUAUGGCUGUGGAUAUGGUUCCAGGUAUGGCUGUGGUUAUGGCUGUGGAUAUGGUUCCAGGUAUGGCUGUGGUUAUGGCUGUGGAUAUGGUUCCAGGUAUGGCUCUGGCUAUGGCUGCGGAUACGGCUCUGGCUACGGCUGUGGAUACGGCUCUGGCUAUGGCUCUGGCUAUGGUUCUGGCUGCUGUAGCUAUAGAAAAUGCUACUCUUCUUGCUGCUAG